CUAAGCGACGGAGUCAUCUGGAGCUUCUCAGUCGGUUCGGGGGUAACGUGAUUAUUUUCAACCCCGAAAAUGGUGAAAUCGGGGAAACUUCGGUCCGGGACGGGGUCGAAACUCAAGCGGUGGAAAAAAGGACACAGCAGCGACUCCAACCCGCAGUCGAGUCGCUUUCGGCAGGCUGCUAAAAGCCGCUUCUUCAGCCGACCCAGCGGAAAGAGCGACCUGACUGUUGAUGCUCUGAAACUUCACAAUGAGCUGCAGGUCGGUCCGCUGGAGGUCGGUGCAGGUGGCCGUAAAGAGGCCUGCAUGGAGGAGGAUCCAAAUGAGAUACUGUCAGAGAGAACCUCAGGCACCUUCCUCAGCGGCCUGUCGGACUGCUCCAACCUCACCUUCAGAAAGGUGCAGCGCUUCUGGGAGUCUAACUCAGCUGCUCACAAAGAGAUUUGUGCAGUGCUGGCGGCUGUUACUGAGGUGAUCCGUGGCCAAGGAGGGAAGGAGACUGAAACAGAAUACUUUGCCGCUUUGAUGACCACCCUGGAGGUCGUGGAUACACCAGAGUCCCAGGCUGCAGUGGCGUAUCUCCUGAACCUCGUCAUGAAACGGGUUCCUGCUCCUGUGCUCAUGUCUAAGUUCUCAGACACCACCAAGGCUCUGAUGGACAUCAUGUCUAAGCAGGCAACGUCUGACACCGCCUCUGCUCUCAGAUGGAUCCUUUCAUGCCUGGCAACUUUGCUGAGAAAGCAGGACGUCUCUGUCUGGACUUACCCGUCGACUCUUCAGGCUUAUCACGGCCUCCUAAGCUUCACAGUGCACAGCAAGCCAAAGGUCCGUAAAGCAGCACAGCAAGGUGUUUGUUCUAUUCUCAGAGGCAGUGACUUCUUAUUUAAAGAUAACGCUCCGACCCAUCACCCUGCUGCAGUCACCACAGCCAAGUUCUGCAUAAAAGAAAUGGAGCAGGCAGGAGGCAGCAAAGAGGACACCACCACACUUCAUGUGCUCGGCCUCCUGAAGGACCUGAUGGGGACUUUUCCUCUGGGAGCCGUCAAGUCCUGCUGUGAGACUCUGCUGCGAGUGAUGACACUCAGCCACGUGCUGGUGACAGCCAGUGCCAUGCAGGCCUUUCAUAGGCUGUUCUGCGGGAAGCCGAAUGCUUCGACCCUCUCACCAGAACUCAACGCACAGAUCAUCACGGCUCUGUAUGAUUACCUGCCCAGUGAGAACGACCUGCAGCCUCUACUGGCGUGGCUUGCCGUCAUGGAGAAAGCACAUGUUCACCUGGCAAGUUUGCAGAGUUCUCUGAGUUUGGGCCACCUCCCUCGUCUUUUCUCUGCUGCCAUGUCCUGCCUGCUGUCUCCUCACACACAGGUGGUUUCUGCAGCUACCAACACACUAAAGACUUUGCUGACUGAAUGCGUCGCCCCUCACAUGGAGGAAAUGGGAAUGAUCACUGCCACCGCCUCUUCCGGGAACCCCUCAUACAUCUGCAAAAUGUUUCGCAUCAUAGAGGAAGGUCUGUCCUAUCGCUUCCAUGCCUCCUGGCCGUUUGUGCUGCAGGUCCUCGGUUGCUUCUAUCGAGCUGCAGGGAAACAAGCUCACCCUAUCAUGACCAAGUCCCUGCAAUCUCUGGCAGACCUGCGCUCCACUCCUCAGUUCCCCUUCAGUGGUGAGUUGGACCUGGCAGUGGGAGGAGCUGUGGAGAGCAUGGGACCUGAAGUAGUGCUGGGUGCUGUGUCUCUCAACAUCACCGGCUACGACGAUGACUUGGAGUUCCCUCGCAGCUGGCUGAUCCCUGUCAUUCGGGACCACGUGAAGAACACUCAGCUUGGUUUCUUUGUUUCCUAUUUCCUCCCUCUGGCCUCUACACUGAAGCAGAGAGCUGAAGAGUUGGAGCAAGCGGGACAGAAGCUGGAGGCCAAAGUCUACCAGACCUUACAGCUUCAGAUUUGGACCAUGCUUCCUGGCUUCUGCACAUGUCCUGUGGACCUCAUAAAAUCUUUCAAAGGCAUGGCCCGCACACUUGGCAUGGCUAUUAAUGAGCGGCCAGACCUGAGACUGACAGUGUGCCAGGCUCUACGCACCAUCAUCAGCAAGAGCUGCUCCACUGAGGAGGAAAAAGCUGAAAUGGGCCGCUUCUCUAAGAACUUCCUGCCCAUCCUUUUCAACGUGUACAGCCAGCAGCCUGUAGCUGGAGAGUCUGGAACCUACAGGAUGGCUGUACUGGACACCAUCAAAGUCUAUUUAACUGUCACUGAAAUGCAGAUGGUCUGCACAUUCCUGCAAAAAGCCACAGAGAGACUGACCAGCUCACAGUCCACUGAGUUCACGCGACUGUCAGUGAUGGACCUUGUGGUUGCUAUGGCUCCCUGUGUGGAUGAGGCCACCAUGACUAAAACGUUUGAGCUGAUUAGGCCGUACUUGGAGACCAAAGAGCCGGGCAUGCAGAAGAAGGCGUACCGUGUGCUGGAGGAGAUGUGUGGAGCAGAGAGAGAGGAGUGCAAAUCGUUUGUAGUUUCUAAUCUGGAAACGCUCAAAGUCGUCCUGCUUGAAACCCUGAAAAAAGCUUCUUCACCAGCCAAGAGGCCGAGACUGAAGUGUCUGAUCCACAUCGUGAAAAGGUUAAAUGAAGAACACAAAGACUUUAUCACUGCGCUGCUGCCAGAGGUGAUCAUAUGCACCAAGGAGGUCUCUGUCGGAGCUCGCAAGAACGCCUACACUCUCCUGGUGGAAAUAGGAAAUGCUUUUGUCCGCUUCUGUGGGAACACAAAAGAUGCCAUGGAGCAGUAUUUGGUGUUGCUGUAUGCAGGACUCACCAGCUCCGUCACCAUGAUCACCUGUACAGUGCUGGCGCUAACACGUCUCGUGUUUGAGUAUAAAGACUCCGUCGAGGUGACCACCAUGGAGCAGCUGCUGCACAACGUCUGUCUGCUGCUGUCGUCUCGUACCAGAGAGAUCGUCAAAGCCGCCUUGGGCUUCAUCAAGGUCAUCCUCUUCAUCAUGGACCCCAAGACUCUGGCCUCACAUGUUGCUGUCAUGAUGGAGGGCAUUGGAAACAUCAAGGAUGAUGUAAGGAGGCACUUUAGAACCAAACUGAAGAACAUCUUCACUAAAUUUAUCAGAAAGUUUGGUUUUGAGCUGGUGAAGAGCAUGCUGCCUGCAGAACACCACAAGGUGCUGGCAAACAUCCGCAAGGCCGAGGCUCGCAGCAAGAGGAGGAAACAGGCAGCGGAGGAACAGGACGACUCUGAGAGCGAAGAGGAGGCACCGAAAGCAAAGAGCGAAAGCAUUGAGGACAUUCUUGCUGAGUCCGACAGCGAUUUGUCAGAGGAUGAAGGAAAGGCUCGUAAUGGACAGAAGAAAGCAGGGAAGCAGCAGAAAGGACGGGCCUGGCUUAAAGAGGGAGGGGAAGAUGACCCGCUUAACUUCCUGGAUCCCAAGGUUUCCCAGAGAGUGCUGGCCACAAACCCAGAACUGAAGAAGAGCGCCAAGGUUGACCACGGCUUUAAAGUGACCUCAGAUGGACGGCUAAUCAUUAGAGAUGAUGAAGAGGAGGACGUGAAAGACAAAGAUGGUGCAGAGAUGAAAGACAUCCUAGAAGAGGCGGGAGUCAAAAGUAAAAAGUCCCAGAAGAGGAAGUUUCAAGAUGACAACUUUGAUGACGACAUGGACGUCGAGCCCCAGUUUUCAUAUAAAGCUGGAGGUUCAGGUAUCCACAGACCCCUGGGAGGCCGCCAGGACAUUGGAGGUGAUUACCAAUCAAAGAAAGGAAAAGGAGAUGUGAAGAAAAAAGGGAAGCUCGAUCCUUACGCUUACAUCCCUCUGAAGAAGGCCCAGCUCAAUCGCAGAAAACGUGCCAAACUGCAGGGCCAGUUCAAGGGCAUGGUGAGAGGAGCCCAGAAGGGGGCGCUGUCUGGAAAGAAAAUGCAGAAGAAAAGAGGAAAGCUUGAAGAUCAAACUAUUUAACUCGGUGGACUCUAAACGUGUUGUGUGUGUGAUGGCGUGUUCAUACACAUGCUACAGUGUGGACAUGCAACUUGGAUGUAUGUGUGUGUUUCUGACAGACUGUCUACAAAGGUGGACCCAGUUUGUUUUUAAACUGUGCCAUCUUUCAACGCUCCCAAAAUGCUCUGAUUGACAUUAAACAGUCAGACACUAAAUGAAUAGGUCUGUUUGUGACCGCAAAAAUCUUCAAUGUGCUGUCCCUGCAUUGAUGGAUAUUUUCAGACCAGGUGGAAGAACAAGAAAUUGCUUGUGUGUCAUAAUUUGUGUCUACAUCAGAUAAAUCUGUUCCUAAUGAUAAACAUAAAUUUGUUUGUGUUGAAAUAUAAAUGCAGACUUUAGUACAGGAGGAGUGAUGUGUGCCUUUUGGUAUUUAGCUGCUUGAGGGUGCUGUAGACUUUUAAAUGUUUAAUGGUGAAAAAGAGCGUUCAUGGAUGUUUUUAAGAUGAUUUAAAUACGCCAUUAAAGCUGUUUUCGGACUGAAACAGAA